AUGUCGCAUUCUCGUAGAUCCUUUUCUCAAGGUCCUGUCACCGGAACUGAUGCUCAAAUUGAAGCUGUCGAAGAAUUGAGAAACCAUCUUAACCUAUCAACAGAAGAAUUGAAGCAAUUCCGUGAUGAUUUACGUCACGAAAUGGACGUCGGUUUGUCUUCUGAUGACUCUCACAUGGAUAUGCUUCCUUCUUGGGUUUAUAAACAUCCUACAGGCCAAGAAACUGGCGAGUAUCUCGGUUUAGAAAUGAGCGGCUCCAACAUCCGUAUCUAUCUUGUUAAUUUGCAUGGUCAAGGUCGUAUCAGCACUCGUCAACAAAAAUAUGUCAUUCAUGACAGUCUCAAGAAAGGAGACAUCAACUCUGUAAUUGAUUUCAUGGUAGAGAGUGUGGACAGUUUCUUAUCUUUUGUCGGUAAGUAUGAAGUGAAGGAACCCUUGGCUCUCGGUUUUGUCCUGUCUUUCCCUCUCAAGCACACUGCUUUGAACAAGGCUUUCGUCCUUCAAUGGACCAAGGAUUUCGAAAUCACUGGCGCUGAUAAUAAGAAUAUUGCUGAACUUUUGCAGAUUGCUUUCAAGCGUCGCCAUAUCAAUGUCAACGUAGAGGCUGUUAUUAACGGUGCAGUAGGCUGCCUUUUGGCUCACAGCUAUCGUAGCUUGGAUACUUUAGUGGCCUGUACCAUCAGCACAGGUACAAAUGCUGCUUAUUGGGAAAAAUUUGAAAGCAUUAAAAAGAGCAAUGUCACAUUGCCCUCUGUUGAAAACGGCGAAAUGAUCAUCAACACCGAAUGGGGAUCGUUCGGUGACUUGAAUCCCGGUCUUUUGCCCCGUACUUUCUACGAUAACCGUGUCAAUCGUCAAUCGGUUAACCCCGGUGUUCAUCUCUUUGAAAAGAUGGUAUCUGGACUUUACUUGGGUGAGAUUGUUAGAAUCAUCAUGGUUGAUUUCCUUGACCGUCGUCUCUUAUUUGAUGGACAAUAUACCACGGAAUUGAAUACACCUUACUUCUUUGAAGCUUCCUACAUGAGUGCUAUUGGCUCUGAUGAUACUCCCGACUUGGAGGCUACAAAACACGUCUUGGAAUCCAUCAUGAAUCUUCCUUCGACCACACUCUCUGAUCGUAGAAUCGUCAGAACUAUCUGUGAACUUGUCUCUCGUCGUGCAGCUCGUCUUGUUGCUGCUGCUAUCAGCGCUAUCAUUGAGAAGAGAAAUUCUCUUGAACAAGGCUUAACUAUCAGUAUGGAAGGUUCCGUCUAUGAAAGUUUCCCCAACUUCCCUAGACGUGUCAAUGACGCUUUGAAGGCUCUCUAUGGCGAAAAUGUAAACCACAUCAAUCUUGGUGUUACUCGUGAUGGUAAUGGUAUCGGUGCUGCUAUAGCCGCUAUGAUUAAUAUUACCCAAAAGCAAUCAGCCUAA